AUGAUUCCCGUGACCGAGUUCCGGCAGUUCUCGGAGCAGCAGCCAGCCUUUCGGGUGCUGAAGCCCUGGUGGGACGUGUUCACCGACUACCUCUCCGUCGCCAUGCUGAUGAUCGGCGUGUUCGGGUGCACCUUGCAGGUCAUGCAAGACAAGAUAAUAUGCCUUCCAAAGCGAAUACAGCCUUGCCAGAACCAAUCUAACAGCUCCAAUGUGUUUCACACAAUCCCAGACACAACCCCGCUCCCUCCCAAGCCAUCCACUGCUCCGGCUACUGUUGAAAUGAAAGGACUGAAGACCGAUCUGGACCUGCAGCAGUACAGCUUUAUCAAUCAGGUGUGCUACGAGCGUGCCCUGCACUGGUAUGCCAAGUACUUCCCUUACCUUGUCCUUAUACACACACUGGUCUUCAUGCUGUGUAGUAACUUCUGGUUCAAGUUCCCUGGAUCGAGCUCCAAAAUCGAGCAUUUCAUCUCGAUACUUGGGAAAUGCUUUGACUCUCCCUGGACAACAAGAGCCUUAUCGGAGGUGUCAGGGGAGGACUCUGAAGAGAAAGAUAACAGGAAGAAUAAUGUAAGCAAGUCAAACACUAUCCAGCCAAGCGCUGAAGGCACCUUGGUCAAGACCCAGUCUUUAAAAUCAAUCCCUGAGAAGCUGGUUGUGGAUAAGGGGACACCGGGAGCACUAGAUAAGAAAGAAGGUGAACAGGCCAAAGCACUGUUCGAAAAAGUAAAGAAAUUCAGACUGCAUGUCGAGGAAGGUGAUAUACUCUAUGUUAUGUAUGUUCGCCAGACUGUACUGAAGGUAAUUAAAUUCCUUAUCAUUAUUGCUUACAACACAGCACUGGUCUCAGAAGUCAAUUUUACAGUGGUCUGUAAUGUUGAUAUUGAAGACAUGACAGGAUAUAAGAAUUUUUGCUGUAAUCACACAAUGGCACAUCUGUUCUCUAAACUUUCCUACUGCUACCUGUGCUUUGUAAGCAUCUACGGCCUCACAUGCCUGUACACUUUAUACUGGUUGUUCUAUCGCUCGCUGAAAGAAUAUUCUUUCGAAUACGUUCGACAAGAGACAGGAAUUGAUGAUAUCCCAGAUGUCAAGAAUGACUUUGCUUUUAUGCUUCAUAUGAUAGAUCAGUAUGAUCCUCUCUAUUCCAAGAGAUUCGCUGUCUUUCUGUCUGAAGUCAGUGAAAAUAAGCUGAAACAGCUGAACUUAAACAACGAGUGGACUGCAGAUAAAUUGAGGCAACGGCUACAGACGAACUCCCACAGCCAUUUGGAGCUCCAGCUUUUCAUGCUCUCUGGACUUCCAGACACAGUUUUUGAAAUUACUGAGCUGCAGUCUUUAAAACUUGAAAUAAUUAAUAAUGUGAUGAUACCGGCAACCAUUGCACAGCUGGACAAUCUCCAAGAGCUGUCUUUGCACCAGUGCUCUGUGAAGAUCCACAGCGCCGCGUUGGCCUUUCUGAAAGAGAAUCUCAAGAUCUUAAGCGUCAAGUUUGAUGACAUCAGAGAACUGCCACACUGGAUGUACGGCCUCAGGAAUUUGGAGGAGCUCUAUUUAAUUGGCUCACUAAGUCAUGAUAUCUCCAAAAACAUUACACUGGAGUCUUUUCGGGAACUUAAAAGCCUUAAAAUUCUUUACAUUAAAAGUAAUCUGUCCAAAAUCCCACAGUCUGCAGUUGAUGUCUCAAGUCACCUGCAAAAACUGUGCGUCCAUAAUGAUGGCACUAAGCUGGUCAUGCUCAACAACCUGAAGAAGAUGGUCAACCUGACCGAGCUAGAAUUGGUUCACUGCGAUUUGGAACGCAUUCCUCAUGCGGUCUUCAGCCUUCUCAGUCUUCAGGAACUGGAUUUAAAGGAGAACAACCUCAAAUCAAUUGAAGAAAUAGUAAGUUUCCAGCAUCUGAGAAAACUGACAAUCCUCAAGCUGUGGUACAACAGCAUCACAUACAUCCCUGAGCAUAUAAAGAAGCUCACCAGCCUAGAACGCCUCUCCUUCAGCCAUAAUAAAAUAGAGGUUCUUCCAUCCCACCUCUUCCUAUGCAACAAAAUCAGAUACUUGGAUUUGUCUUACAAUGACAUUCGCUUUAUCCCACCAGAAAUAGGAGUUCUGCAAAGUUUACAAUAUUUUUCCAUCACUUGUAACAAAGUGGAGAGUGUGCCAGAUGAACUCUACUUUUGCAAAAAGCUUAAGACUCUGAAAAUUGGCAAAAACAGCUUGUCGGUCCUUUCCCCCAAAAUUGGUAAUUUGGUAUUUCUUUCCUACUUGGAUAUUAAAGGCAACCACUUCGAAAUUCUCCCAGCUGAACUUGGUGAAUGUAGAGCUCUGAAGCGAACUGGUUUCAUUGUAGAGGACACCUUGUUUGAAACGUUGCCUUCCGAUGUCAGGGAACACAUGAAAGCUGAAUAACUAACUUCCUCUCGCUCGGUUUUACAGAAACACACUUCUACCAAAUAGGCUAUAGGAAGUGCAUACUCUGAAUAUGCAUUUAGUGCUAUGUUUAUUUCUUUUCCUUUUUCAAACAAAUCCUGUCUGUACAAACAAGUUUGGAGUAAGGAGUACAUAUAUUUUUAAAUAAAAUUUUCUUGUAUUUUUUCACUGUUUUAAGAUAUUUUUAAGUUUAUUUUGCCCUGAAAACGAGGGUGUAACUUAAUUUUUACUGACAAAAGCGAGUGUUUUUAUCUGCAUUUUUUUUUUCCUUUCACUAAUCCCCACAGGGAACCGUGUUUAAGCCGUGUGCUUUGGGUUGCGUAAUUGUACUAGGUGUACUAGGUCUUCCUGGUUCUUGUUGCUCCCUUAGGAUGUGGUCUUGGAAGGGUGGUCCUGCAGAGGCUGAAUCCCCCCGGCCUCUGGUCUCCAGCUCCAGGUGUCCAGCAUCCAGCAGGACCAGGUCUGGGCUGAGCUCCUUUCACGCAGCUGCCCUGGUCCCCUCGGUCCCCUGGCCCAAGGAUGUUUGGCACCUUGCAGCAACAGCACUCGGAAAAACUGCAAUCGUGUUUAGUUUGUAAAGCUUCUGACAUGGAAAUGAACACAAUUUUUAGUGGUUAAUAUGCUCCUUAAUUGAGCUUUGUUAUCAGAUUAUCAAGCUCAGCACAGGAACAUUUGCAGACUUACAGAAAAGAGAUUAAAUGAAUACAUUAGCUUCUCAAAAUCUCAGCCUACCAGAGGACAGUGAUGAAGGCUCUGUUUUCAUCUCCCAGCUAAUAAUUAAAUCGGAACUCAUACAGCGGGAAGCCUGCUUUUUUAAAUAAUGUAAUCAUCUGUAAAACUCCUUAAUGAUUAAGUAUCAGGCUAGAAUUUUAUUCUCUGAAGUGACAUUCAUUUUUUUAUUUAUCCAGCCACUUGCUCUCUUUUGUGAAAGUUUAGCAGGUGUAGUCCAUGGUAAUAUGUGUGCUGCUCGCAAGCUGAUUUAAGCUUAUCAUGAAUAACUAUGUGAUAGUAAAUUAUUUUGCUGGGA